ACUGUUAAAAUAAAAGUCAGUAAAAAGAAGUUACACAGAAAAAUAAUUGCGAAUAUUAAAAAUAAUAAUAAAUCAACAAUUUAAGUAAGCUUUACAUCUGUAGCUUUGCAUUAAAUUAGAUUAAAUAAAUAACUAUAAAAGAAAAAUGACGUCGAGAGAAAGCAUUUUCACAAAAUCACCGACCUGUUUGAUGGACAUAACGGAAGCGAUAGAAAAAAUUGAAAUAUUAAUUGCAAGAAAAAUACUGAGUUCUAAGCUGUUUUAUGAUAUGUUAUUGGGAUUUCGAGUUUUAGAGGAGGCACUACAACAUAAACAAACGGCAGCUUACCAGCUGGUCAUAACUUGGGUUGGCCUAUUUUUGAAAAUUCAGUCCAAUAUUACAAAUCAACAUGAUGGAAUUCGGAGACAAUUUGAAAAAGUGGUGCCUUCCGCAGUUACAUACAUUAUUGGUUGCUUGCAAUACAAAGCAAAGGUUAUGAUCUCCUAUCACUAUCAAUUACUGAAAAUGAUACAUGAGAUAUUGCUUAACCUACGACCGGGAGUUCUCGAAAAGUUGGCUACAUUCGAAACGGGUGUAAUCGCGUGCGUUUGGUUUCCCAUUGGAUUUGUUGGUGAUUUCAACACACAAUUGUUAGCAUUGCGUUUAUUAGCCAUGUUAUUAAAAUGUGUAGACUCUACACGACUCCAAAGCGAACUCAACAGUAUUCGUUGCGCAGAUAGAUCAAUUUUAAAAGAUAAAUUAACUGCUGCUAUAGCUGUUGCCAAUUUUCAAACGGCAAAAUUUGAAAACACUGCAAGGGACCUGUUGAACACUUAUAAUAUGCAUUUGGCCAAAAAUAUUCUAGUUUAUUCAUUUCGUUGUAAAUCAUUCAAGUUCGAAGACAAUACAAAAUUUUUCAAGCCUUUGAAUGCAGAACAUUUUUGGAUAGACUUUAAUUACUGUCCGCGUACCCUCUCAUUCAAUGGCCGAUGUCAAACAAAUACAAAAGCAAUAUAUAUAAAUUGUUCUGUGAGCCUACAAAUUACUAAGUUAUCACUCAAUAACUUAACACUCAACGUGCAAUUUCAAGCACCAGCACAAAUUCAUAAGGAAUCAGGUGAUAUACGCGAUAUAAAUCAAGUUACAACAGCUCAAAUCAUUAUACCAAGGGACGAAGCUAUGCGUCUGUUGGAAAACAAAUUUAUUUUGAAAUACUUCAAUGAAUCCCAACUUACGAAUGUGCAAAACAAUAAAACAUCAUCAUUUGCGAGACCACUUAAUAUAUCUACACCACUUUCAAGUACUGAGUAUACCGAAAAGACGAUUGGUGACAAAACAAACAUAACACCGUUGUAUAAUUCAACAGAUAGUACGAGGAAUAAUUAUCCCAACAUAGAUAAUAAGGAAAAUAUUUCACCUAAAAAGAGAAAUGAAAGGAAAAAUGAACCGCAUAUACCAAUUAAACGAAGUAAACCUUGUUUGGACACACAAAGUGGAACAUCUAAUAAGAAAACAAGUUCAAAACAAUUUCAGAAAAGUUAUGAGAUUUUAAUAGGCCCAACUAAGAGUAACAAUGACAACUCCAACAAAAUGAGCAAAGUCAACAAAACAAAUAGCGAAAUUGCCAAAUCCAUUGAUAAAACAAAUUAUCGAUUGCCGCAUUUAUCAAAUUUGGAAAAUGAAUUUGAUAAUGAAGUGUCGAAGAACACACGUAGUCGUAGUUGUCGCAGAAAAAUAGUAAACUACUCAACGUCCGCUUCGGAAUCACAACUUACUUCACAAGAGCCUAAAAUCGCUUCGAAACAAAAUGUUAAACAACAGCGGAAACGUUUCUUUAAAACUCAGCUCGCUGACGACACUGACAAUGAAUAUAUUCCCAACAAAACAAAACGAAUGUCUCGACCACGAACUAACAGAAAUACCAAGCAAAAAAAUUCCAAUAUUUCUACAAAGCAGUUGAAAAAAAUCAAUGAAGUUAAGCCUAUGUUAUAUACGAAUCAAGAAUUAAGUAAAAGUAAUGCUGAAGAAACUAUCACUAAUUUACCAAAUAUUACAAACGGAGCAGCGUUAUCCAACUUAAGUACGAAUGUUUAUGAAGACCUCACCGUAAGUGAUGCGGAGCCAGGACAAUCAUAUCGUAACUUUAGAAUACGCCGAAAUCCGUUUAGUGAUGAGAAUGCUAACAGCGAAGUAAAACGAUCUCGAAAUGCAGUACCACGUAGUAUUAAAAGAAAGGGUACAAAUCUGGACUUGAGCCCUACCAAACAUAGAUUAAAGGAAGCGUUGGACCCAUUUGAUGCAGCGAAAGCUUUGCCGAUUAGUCAACCACAUAUUCAAAAUUCGAAAAAAUCAGUAUUUAAAAAUAAAAAUCAAACUGUUUAUUCAGCGGAUAUAGAAAUAUGCUCGUCGAUACCGGAAAACUUAGCCGAUGCUGUCGUACGUACAUGUACUGCCUAUAAUACUGAGACACGCAAUGAAAAAAAUGUUACGAAAUCAAACAAUAUUGAAAAAAAUGAAUGUACAACAUCCAAAAUGUGCGUUGAAAAAGAUUUGAAUAUUGAUGAAUUAAAAAAAAUUCAAAUCUGCAACAAUUUGUCUGUUCCAGCAAAUGGCGUUAAUGUAAAUGUAGCACAAGUUGAUGACAUACAAGAUUGCCGUCAGGAUGUAAGCCAAAAUGGUAUUAAUAACAUAUGUGACUAUGACGAGUUCAGUGAUUUCCCGACUUUUUCCCCACUAAUUGAUAUCACAAAUAUAUCAUUUUCGCCUGAAUAUGAAACGAAUAAAGAUUUAGCUUAUAAAAGAACGCAACCGGUUAACAUUGAUUUGGCACUGCCAACUACACCAAAAUCUCCAGUAAAAAUAGAUAAAGCAAACAAAUUGGCAUCGGCGACAAGCAUAAUAUAUUGUUCGCGAUCUGAAAACGAUAGUGACAGUGACAGUGAGCAAUCCAUCAUUUCGUAUAACAACGGAGAAGUAUCUACGUCUCAACCUUUAGAGGCGCCUUUUAAACCAAGGCAACAUUUGUUCUUAACGCCACAAUUACCAUUAGAAAAUUUUCGAAAAACCACCAGCGUUACCAAAUGUCAAGUUACCACAACAGGCACGUCGGUAAUCACACAGCAAGACAGUUUUAUUCAUCAACGAAAAUUCGUCGUAAAUUUAGCAGCUUCAACGAAUGCUCCACUCAAUCUCUCAAAGACCAACUCGUUGGUUACUGCUACAACUACAUCUAAGACCAUAGUAGAAGAAAAGAACGAAGUCAAUGUGAAUAGUUCCAUUCAAAGAAACCGUAAUUUUAACGCACCAACACCGAAAGCACUCCUUCAAGAGUCCACGGAUAUGAUUACGACUUAUAAGAAAAACUUAAAUCUACACUUGGAUCAAAUUGAGACCGGUUCAAAUUCGGCUAAUGUAUAUAUUGAAAAAAUUUGUAAUAUUGGUGAGAGUAUGAUAAAUGAAAUCGAACGCGAACGAAAAUCACUAUGGGAGCUAGAAGCUAACGCCGAACGACUCGCACGUCAACUAGGUUGGCAAUAUGAAGCUUAUCAGCGAAAACACCAACAAUUUCAAUGUUUUAAACAAAAUAUUGACGAUCUUUUACGUAUUUUAAGUAAUAUAAACUUGUCGGCAGAAAUUGAAUAUGAUGCAAAACACAAAAUCGAGAAACUGCAACAAACAUCCAAGUUUAUAACUACACAAGAAUGGCGCAAUUUUGUAAACGAAAGCACUGAAAAUUUACUUAAAGAUAUUUCCUCAUUAUCCAAUUUAUAAGU